AUGGGAUGUCCCUGGUCCCGUCCUGCUUCAACUUCUGAAUCCAAGGCCGACGUCUACAGCGUCUCCAAACAGGACCGUGCCUCCUUGGUCGACACGGAUGAUCCGGAGUCGCCGGAACGGUCGCCACAGAACGGCGCCUCCGCCCAGCUCAACCGACGCGAUACCCCUGCCAAGGGAUUGUUGAACCCUGAUCGGUGAGGCUUUAGGCUUAUAUUCUUUUAAGAAUGGACUUUGUUUGGAAUGGCAGCGUUAAAAGUUAUGAAAUUUUCUAAAAAGCUAAAUAUUUAGUAAACAUUUAGUAAUUGAUAGGUUUAAAAAUGAAUUUUUUUUGUUUAAAACUACUAAACUUGAAUAAUGUAAACGAAAAACCAACUUAUUGAAUUUCAGACGAAAUACCUCAAAACAAAACACAAAAUCGUCUCCCGGGUAAGUACUCCACUAUAUAGUAUUUACAUUUAUAUACGACUUUAAAUUGUCUAAUGUGAACUUAUUUUACUUUUCUUGAUUAUAUUUAAGGUUUCAGAUUGUUAACCAGUAAUAGUCAGAAUGAGUUCUUUCGAAUGUUGGAAGAGAAAAUUGCUCAGGUAUGUCACUAUUUUUAUUUCAUUACAUCUUUACCUUCUUGCACUUUCUUUUGCUGACUUGGCAAUGUUGUUUUAUGAUACAAACAUAACGUUUUAAGUAUAUUCACGUUAAAUUCUCAUGGUACCUUGGUUCUUUUUACACUUUUAUCUUGUAUAACUUUAAGUAUUAGUGGAUAGUGUAACUUGACUGAUCCUUUAGUGCUGUCGCAGUGCAAAGUGAUGCCAUUUGGAAGCGGAAACUUUUUUAAUUAAAUUGUGUUAACUUUUGGCUCUUGCUUUCUAUUAAAACAUGCAUAAAAUGCCUUAACUUUAGAUUUUAAAAAGAAUGUAAAUUGCAAUUAGUACGAAAAAUCAUGCAGUUAAGAAUAACAAAAAUAUAUAUUAUAUAUAAAUAUGUUAUAUUACUCAUAGUCAAAUUAAGUAAUUUUUGAUAAUGUUAUAUCAAAAACUUCCAUUUCUGUCAUUCUAAUGAUAUGUUACUUUUGGAUGAAGGAUAUUUUUUAUUCCUACAUAUACAUAACUAACUAGCCUUACCAUAAUCUAUCUGUUGCACUUUCAAGAAUAUUAUAGUAGGACCGCCAGUACCAAGAAGCCUCUCUUUCCCAGGGAAACAAAACUGGUCGACUGGUAUAUGUUGACCAUUUUUAAUAAUUUUUAAGUGCGGGUACUAUUUCUUCAACCACGUCCCAUCGCCAGAUACUGUAUUUAACUAAACAAUAUGUUUUAGACCGUCUAUAGUAUAACAAUGUAGUCUUUCUAAGGCCCUAAUCAAAAAUCAAAUGUUUUACUCUGUAAAUGUGCUCUUACUCUGUAAAUGAUCGUAUUUCAGGGCCCGGGAGAGCUGUCGGACACGGAAUCUGAGCCCUGA